GCCCCGGGAAAGGGAAAGGCCGGGGCUGCCAUGUGAGCGGCGCACAGGGCGGAGCCGGAGGGGCAGGGCAGGGCAGGGCAGGGCAGGGCGGGGGCGCCAGCCCCCCCACCCCGGCCGAGAUGGGCAAGAAAAGCAAGAAGGAGAGGAAGGCCAAGGGAGCCGAGAAGACGGCCGCCAAGAUGGAGAAGAAGGUCUCCAAGCGGACGAGGAAAGAGGAGGAGGAUCUGGAAGCUCUCAUAGCUGAAUUCCAGACUCUGGACGCUGGAAAGACUCAGGUGCUUGAGACCCCCUGCGCCCCUCCGUCCCCCAGGCUCAACGCUUCUCUCUCUGCACACCCCGAGAAAGAGGAACUCAUUCUGUUUGGAGGUGAAUAUUUCAACGGCCAAAAAACGAUCCUCUACAACGAGCUCUUCGUUUACAACAUCCGGAAGAACAGCUGGGCUAAAGUCGAUAUUCCAAGCCCCCCGCCUCGGCGCUGCGCUCACCAGGCUGUGGUGGUUGCUCAAGGCGGCGGACAGCUUUGGGUGUUUGGUGGGGAAUUUGCUUCUCCGGAUGGGGAGCAGUUCUACCACUACAAAGACCUCUGGGUCUUGCAUUUGGCCAGCAGAACUUGGGAGCAAGUCAAAGCUUCAGGGGGACCCUCAGGGCGGAGCGGACAUCGGAUGGCAGUGAGCAAGAGGCAACUCAUUGUCUUUGGAGGCUUCCAUGAAAGUAGCCGAGAUUACAUCUACUACAAUGACGUUCAUGCUUUCAACCUGGACACAUUUGCCUGGUCUAAGCUGGCUCCUUCUGGGAUCGCUCCAGCUCCGAGGUCAGGUUGCCAUCUGGCUUCAACCCCUGAGGGCAACAUCGUGAUCUAUGGAGGCUAUUCCAAGCAGCGAAUUAAGAAGGACGUUGACAAAGGGACCCUCCAUUCGGAUACGUUCCUCUUGAAUUCUGAAGGCUCGGACAAAUGGACCUGGACCCGGGUGAGUCCUUCUGGUGUGAAGCCCACACCCAGGUCUGGCUUCUCAGUGGCCAUGGGCCCUGGCAACCGGUCUCUUCUCUUUGGUGGGGUACAUGAUGAAGAAGAAGAGGAAUGUCUUGAAGGUGACUUCUUCAACGACAUUUAUUUCUAUGAUCUGGCAAAGAAUCGGUGGUUUCCUGGACAGUUAAAGGGGUCAAAGUCUGAGAAAAAGAAAAGAAGGCGAGGCACAACGAAAGAGGAGUCCCAAGAUCAGGCUGGUGGUGGAGGGGAUGAGGUGGAAGGGCAGCCUCCGCCAGGCCCUGUGGAGAUUGUCAAGGAGGUGGUGGCAGAGGACGGGACUGUCAUGAUCGUCAAGCAGCUGAUGCCAGUUCCCCAAGGGGAGCCAGCAGAGUCGGAAGGAGAAGAGGAUGGCAAGGGGAAUGAAGCCUCCAAACCCCCAGUGGAGCCCUGCCCACGUUCAAAUGCCAUGCUGGCAGUGAAGCAUGGGGUGCUCUACCUCUGUGGGGGGAUGUUUGAGGUGGGUGACCGCCAGUUCACUCUCAACGACCUCUAUGCCCUUGACCUCCACAAAAUGGAAGAGUGGAAGGUCCUUGUGGAGAUGGACCCAAAAACUCAGGAAUGGCUUGAAGAGUCUGAGUCUGAUGAAGAUGUGGAAGGUGCUGAGGGUGGAGAGGAAGAGGAGGAGGAAGAGGACUCUGAUGAGGAGGAGAGUGAAGAGGAUGACAAGGAAGAACAUCCACCUGUGCAGCAGGAUGAAAAGUUUGCAGACUACCUUUCAAGGACAGAGCAGUACUGGGUGAAUCUGGCCCGCCAGAACAUGGGCCCUGAUGCCAAAGAGAAGAAGACGGUGAAGGUGGGACAGGCCAUGGCGAAGACGUUCCACGAAAGUGCUGCCUAGACACUUGAGGGCCAAAUGGUUGUGCUUGGCCAGUCCUGUCCCAUACAGGGGUGCUCGGUGCAGGAUCUGACUGGCAGUUGAUUGCUUAGAAGGCCUCUGUUAAAGAGGUUCUCUCAGUCAAGGAUUUGAGAGUAAAGUAAUCAACACAUGCUGAGAACGCCUGAAAUUGUUCUUGACUGAUGUAAGCAAAGCCAAUGCUUAGAGGGGGCAGGCUUUUCCCUGGGUCUAACCCUUUACAGGGAGGGAGGUCGUGCUUCCUGGAGGACUGCAUUCAUGAUCCCCAGGAGAAUCCACCCCACAACGUUCUCCUCAUGUCGCAAAGCUAGUUACAUCAGAGAGUCACAGUUAUUCCUGGGUCUCCGGGGCACUUCUGGGUUGUGGUUGUGUGUAGUUGCUGGAGGAGAGAGUUUUCUGAUGGCCCUGUGCAUGUUCAGUUAUGCUAGAACCCAGCUGAGCGUGAGAAGAGAAAGAGAUGUGGACAUAGUAGAAAACAUUUUGAGAGCGAGUAGCUGGAAUAAGGUCUUGAACUUUUAACAGAAGCCACAUCUCAUAUGGGUGAGGUCAUGAGGCUGGAAGCUGGAAUUUGCCAUUUUAAGAGUUUACAAAUAAAAAUGCUUUUGCUCGUUA